AUGAAUGAGAAUAAGCACGAUAUCCGAUCUGAGACGAUAGACAAGCAACGCACAGAUUGUAAGCGUAAGUCGUUAAAAAGUUCGAUAAAUAGCGGAACACGUACAAGAAGGCUUUGUUGUGAACGAGCAGCGUCAACAGAUAUACGGGUCACUGGAGCAGAUGGCGAGAUAGCGAGAUUUUUAUCCCAAACCUCGCAGCGGACCGUACCUCUACCAGCCGGCUCCACUUCAGUAUUGGCGAAACCGACGAAGUACCACUAUUAUCCUCACAAUCAACACAUUUAUUUGCUCCCUGAAUGUGCUAUUCAACAGGUGUGCAACGCCGUUUACGUCCGUUUGAAUUACACGCAGCCACUCUGCGCUUGCCCGGCGCGGUACCGGGACCCUUGCUCGGCAAGUCUCAACGCCGACGACCUGCAUACCACGCGCCUCACCACAGAUUCCAAAAAGAAGUACGCAAAGAAAGCAGUUACUCUAGUUAAGACGUGUGAAGCCGUGUCAGAGAUGAGAGAGUGUCGCGCCCCGCGGGAUUGGUCGUUAUUGGCUUUGCAAAACAUAAGGACCGGAAAAUCUCACUAUUUAGUCAUAUGCCGCUGUCCUGAUACUCAUAUUCUCGAAGGGCCAAUGUCUCAUGAUCAACCAACUUAUGCAUCUGUGCCCGGAAUCAGAGUUUAUGGGAUGAUGUGUGUGCGACCGACUACGCCGUACCAUUCUGCGUUCACGAAUAGGUUCCCAAGCGGAGUAUCAAGUACCCCCAGCUCAUACAAGGUGGACUAUUCCCAACCGCACUCGUACGACAAGCCAGUGUACAACCGCUUCCAAACUCACAGCUAUCUCGACUCGAAUUACUACAAUAGGCGGACCCGGGCGUCGCGCAUGAGGCGAGCAACAUCAGAAAACCCACCCUUUCCAUGGUACAAAGUGAUAGAACUAGCGCGAUCGUUACAUUGGAUUAAUUAA